AGGCUUGGCUAUAGCAUUAACCAUAAGAUACAGGACAGGUGAGGAGGAGAUGGUCGUCCAGGAGAAUCAGUGAAGUGGACAGAGCGUUUGGGAGAGAAAAAACAGCCAAGUUUAAGAGGCGUGAGAGAAAAGUGGCAGGGGCUGCGAUUGGAAAUAAGGCAGCAGGUGGAGUGUUGUUAUUCUGGACCAACAGUGGAUCAGAUUUAAGCCCAGUUUCAUUUUCAGAACAUCCCUCCUUUGCCAGUGUGGUGUAAUUCACUUGAAAGGUCAGCUUAGGUAGAGUUUUGAAGCCCACGAGAUACUUUUAAAACCUCACGAGCCGUUACCGUUUGAAACAUCAGCAUCACAAUGUGUUCGGGCAGCUUUGCGAGGUGUCUGGGGUACACUCUGUUGCCUCUGUCGCUUGUGUGUGUGCUGUGUAACAUCCUGCUCUUCUUCCCCGGUGGAACGUCUGUGGACAGCGGACACAUCACAGAGCAAGUCUGGUACUUUGGAGGCAUUCUGGGAUCUGGAUUGCUGAUGAUCUUCCCAAUUCUGGUCUUCCUGGGUCUGAAGAACAAUGACUGCUGCGGUUGCUGUGGCAACGAAAGUUGUGGGCGGAGAUUUGCGAUGCUGACCUCCAUACUGUUUGCAGGUGUGGGUGUUUUGGGUGCUGGUUACUCACUUAUAGUUUCUGCUGUGGCCAUAAACCGUGGACCUGAGUGUGUGGUUUACAUAAACGGCACAAACAAGCAGUGGGACAGUCCCUUCUCAAAUGGUGACUACCUGUCCAACAAAACUCUGUGGUCCACUUGUUUAGAGCCAGGUGGCGUGGUGUCCUGGCAUCUCUCUCUGUUCUCUGUGCUGCUGGUCAUGGCUUUAAUCCAGAUGGCGCUGUGUGCAGUGCAGGUGGUGAACGGCCUGCUGGGAGCUCUGUGUGGUGGCUGCUGUGGAGGAAGCGACUGAGGCGUCUGAGCACUUCCUGCGAGAGUCUGAAGACAGCUGUUUCCUGUAUUUAUUCUGAGGGUGACAGUAAUCUCUUUCUUUAUCCCACAGCUACAAGUUUCUAAGUCAGAGCUCAUUGAUUACAUUGUGUAUUCUAACCACACUGGUGAAAUGACAGAGCUCUUAUAUAAACGGUUUCUCAUUUACUCUCUAGCAAAUACUGAUGACUCAAUUUUCCAACACUAAACACUGCAGUUAAUGUGUUCUAGAAUCAGUUCUUUUCCCCAUUCAAUCAAAAGUAAUAAAUAGUACUAACUAUCCAAAUUGUGAUACAUGUAUGAAGAGCAGCAAAAGCAAAUAAAUAAAUUAUCCAUUCAAACUUAAAUAAAAGUAGCAAUCAGUUCAAACGUACUGACUUUGUCCCUUCAGAUAAGACAUUUCUGCUGCAUGACUGCCCCCUGCUGGGCGUUUUGAUCGAUAGACAUGAAUCUACACCAUCAAGAAAAUCAUCUUUUAUCUUGAAUCUUGUUAUCAGUGGUCACUAUGACACAUUGCUCAUUGUAUGGAUGUAACCACAUGUAACCACUUUCACUUGUCAUUUACACAUGCUUACUUAUGUGGGCCCUCCCAUAAUGUGUCUGAAGUCUCAUUAAAGUAUGUCCUUCUUUAAGUGUGUGAAUGUCUGAUCUGAUUUCAUGGUGGUUUUACUAACAUCAGCAGCCAGCAGCAGUUACACACCCGUCAGCUCGUGGGAUAUGAAUCUUACUGUCUUAAAAACUCAGUGUCUGUCAGCAUUAUUAUAAAACUAUUUUUAUUUCUACUCCAAUCAAUAGCUCAGUGAAUUAAAUUUCUUUGUUAGAUGUAAUGUAGUUUAUCUAGACAAAUAAGAGUUGACACAAUGACACAAAAAUCUCUCUUCCCCUUCUGUUUUUCUUGUCAUAACUGAUUAAAAAAAAAGAUUAAAGAU